AUGAGCGACAAUUCAGAAUACCCAGUCCCACCACCCCAUCGGUACGCUUACACGCGACACAAUUCCACCACCACUCCUGGUGUCGAUAAUCUAGGUCCUUCCUCCGUCGGCGGCGGUAUUAGUGGCAUCGCACUCGGAGUCGCAAACUCCCACGAUCGCCUUAGCGGCAUCGACGCUGUUCACACCAUGGAUCAUGAUGGCUUUGCCGGUCCCUCCGAGCGCGCCUUUCACACCAGCGGCUCGGAUAAUCCCUACGUCCCACCUGCUGGCUAUGGAAGCUCUGAGUCUCUACAAGCUGAGCAGUCGUAUGGCUCAAAUAUGGCUUUAGGUGCUUCGGCUGCUGCACCGGGCAUUCGAUCUCCGGGUCAAUCUUCAACACAUCUUAGUGAUGGGUCGAAUCGGCGCAGUAUAUUGGAGUAUCACGCUCCUUAUGGGGGUGGAAUUGUUACCGAUGGCCCGUAUCAGCGACAUUCUCAGUACAGUCCUCAGGCGGUUAUCAAUCCAGAUGAUAUCGCUGACGAUGGGGAUGACGGGUUCGUGCCGAGAUCAAAUGCUCCUGUCGCGACUGGCGCGGCGGGUGGUGCGGCUGCUGGUGGGGUUCUAGGUGGUUUGUUCGGUAAUGGUCGGAAUGCCAGUCCGUCUUACGGGCCUGUCCCUGGUGGUGGGUUGGAAAGCGGAGAUGGAGAUGGAGAGAAGAAGGGUCCGGGAACCGGGAUGUCGCGGAAGAAGCGAGGGUUGCUUGUUGGGCUUAUUCUUGGUCUUGUCAUCCUUGGUGCUAUUAUCGGUGGUGCCGUUGGAGGAACAAUUGGAAAUAAGGGCAACAAUGGCGGCUCGUCGAAUGACAACUCGGCUGAUGAUGAUACAAAACAAAAUGGCGAUCUUGACAAGGACUCGGAUGAGAUCAAAGCGCUCAUGAACAACAAAGAUUUGCACAAAGUGUUCCCAGGCAUGGAUUACACGCCGUGGGGUGUGCAGUAUCCGCUUUGUCUGAAGUAUCCGCCUUCGCAGAACAAUGUUACUCGGGAUUUGGCCGUGCUUUCGCAGUUGACUAACACUGUUCGACUCUACGGCACGGAUUGCAACCAGACCGAGAUGACCCUGCACGCGAUUGACAAGUUGGGAUUGACCGAUAUGAAGGUUUGGCUAGGUGUGUGGAUUGAUUCCAACACGACCACAACCAACCGCCAGAUCGACCAGCUCUAUGACAUUCUCGACAAAACAAACACUUCCAUCUUCAAGGGCAUUAUCGUGGGUAACGAGGCCCUGUACCGAGCUGGUCCCGACAUCGCAACUGCCGAAACGAACCUCAUUAGCUACCUCGACGACGUCCGCUCUGCACUUAAAAAGCGCAGUCUCGACCUGCUCGUCGCAACCUCCGACCUCGGAGACAACUGGAAUGCCCAGCUCGUCAAAGCAGUUGACGUUGUCAUGUCCAAUGUGCAUCCCUUCUUCGCUGGCGUCAAUGUCGACGUAGCAGCAGCAUGGACCUGGGAUUUCUGGCAAACCCACGACGUCGACCUGACCGCAGGCACCGACAAGAAACAGAUCAUCUCCGAAGUGGGCUGGCCCAGCGGUGGUGGAAAAGACUGCGGAGAAAGUCCCACUUGCGACUCCGAUACGCCUGGCUCAGUGGCUAGUAUCGCCAACAUGAACACAUUCAUGUCCGACUGGGUCUGCCAGGCUCUAGAAAAUGGCACCGACUACUUCUGGUUCGAAGCCUUCGACGAACCGUGGAAGAUCCAAUUCAACACGCCCGGCAAAGAUUGGGAAGACAAAUGGGGCCUGAUGGAUCAAGCACGCGAGAUCAAACCCGGUCUCAAGAUCCCUUCCUGCGACGGUAAAACCGCCUCUUAA